AUGGCGGCGCAGGCAUCGCGGGGGGUGAUGCGUUGCCUCUCGGUGACCGACUCUCACUGUCAUGUGAAGCUGGCAGCCUCACUUCCUGGGGAUACGUCUGUGGGCGAGGUGGCAAAUCCGCCGCCCUUCACAUGCCACAUUGCGCGCGCUGUGAUGUGCGGCACACACCCCGAUGUUGACUGGGAUAUCGUUGAGGCAGCGGCGGCGCAGGCGUCUCGUGUGCGAGUGCCCCCCGCUCUGAGCGUCACGGCGGAACCGACAGUGCCGCCUGUCGUCAUCCCAGGCUUCGGUAUCCACCCGUGGUUUGUGCCUCAUGACUCGGGUUCCGCGGCCGGCAACGGUGCCGCUGUGGGCCCCGUGAAGGGCAGAAAUGAACGCGAACGGAGCGCUGAGGAACUCUUGUCUCUUCUCGAAGCUGCACUACAACACCACCCAGAGGCGAUAGUGGGUGAGAUUGGACUUGACAAGCUGCGGGGACCACCCGAGGCGGUGCAACUGCCGAUCUUCGUGGCGCAGCUGAGGUUGGCGGCGAAGUAUGGACGCCCCGCCUCUCUGCAUUGCGUGCGCAGCUUUGGGAAGGUGCUGAAGGCGUUGCAGGAUCUCCCCGCAGAGGACACGCCGCCCGCCAUUGUGCUGCAUGGGUUUACCGGCUCCGUGGACUUUGCUCGGUCAGCGAUGAUGAUACGUAAACGAAGGUCGGCGUUAAAGGGGGGUGGAAGUCGCUCAGGGACGAAGACAGAGCCGCUUCGCAUUUUUUUUGGCGUGGGCGCCGUUACCAGUCUGCGGGUGAAGGACUUUGCGGAGAAGACCCUGCCAUUUCUCUUGCGGGAGGGGCGGAUGCUGCUGGAGACGGAUGCCCACCACACACUCCAUCUGCCACCGCAGGGCGACGGUGGUGCGGGGGCGGUCCACGCCUCCGCGCUCGGGAGCGGCGGUGAUGGCGGAAACGGGCUCACGGAGAUGACUGCAACACACACAACAGCGACGGAGUGCGCGUUGGCGUGGGAUGAGGGAAGCUGUGAGCAGCUGGCACAUCUAAUGACGCGGGUGAGUGCGUGCCAGGGGGACGAUGCGGACAUCUCCAUCGUCGAGGAACUUUUGGCUAAGUGCGAGGAGGCCUUCGCAGACGCCUUUUUAUUAUCUGCUCCCACUCCCGCAGCAGCCACACAGGCGGAGUGA